CUAAGCAAUUUAGUCCCAGCAAUUCAAUUCAAUUCAGCAAACUAAUCAAUCUCAAAUCUCAUCAUGUUGGCUUUAUCUCCUCCUCUGUUUUCAACAAUUGGAUGGCCCUUGGAGGAUUAUCCCAUAAGUCAUGACCACAACAACUAUUUCUCAGCAGAAUCAUCGUUUCUUCAUUUUCCUACAACUCAGCAGCCACAGUUUGAUCAGCUUGAUCACUCUACGCCAUCCACCGCAAUCAGCGGUGAGUCCAAUAUUUCUUCAAUGGCUAAGAAGCUUAACCACAAUGCCAGUGAGCGUGACCGCCGCAAGAAGAUCAACAACUUGUACUCAUCACUACGUUCACUCGUUCCUGCAGAUCAUGCGAAAAAAUUAAGCAUUCCAGCCACAGUUUCGCGGGUGCUGAAAUACAUUCCAGAGCUCCAGCAGCAAGUGGAGGGACUAAUUCAAAAAAGGGACGAGCUUUUGUCGAAAAUUUCUCAGCAAGAAAAUGUAGUACUAUUACAAGAGGAAAAGCAAGUAAAAAGCACAGCUCGGGGGAGUCGGAGCUCAUUAUCUGCUGUUUCAACAACUCGUCUUAGUGAUAGUGAAGUUACCAUUCAAAUAUCCAUCAUUAAGUCCUCCCACAAUUUCAUAUCUCGGAUCUUGCAAAGUUUGGAGGAGGAUGGGCUUGAAUUACUGAAUGCUUCUUCCUUUGAGUCCUCUGGAGGGAGAAUCUUCUAUAAUUUACAUCUCCAGGUAGAUAUGUUCUGUAGGUUGGAAUGCGAGAAUUUAAGAGAGAAACUCAUGUCCUUCUGUGCAUGAGAAAAAGUAAUUCCAGGGGAUUUUCUAAUGAAUUAAUGUGUUACCACCUACCACAUUGGUGCUUCGUCUAUCCAUAUUGAAGUGAAACAAGCACUUAUCCAGAGAAUAUCAACCAUUAAACAUGGCAUGAAUUCAUGGAGAGAAUUUAUGACCAAUUAAGCUAUACUAAGAAGAAGAGGAUGAAGUUUAGUAGUAAGUCGAGUUGGGAAGUAAUGUUUUUGUGUAUCAUAUAAAAUGGCACAAUGUAGAUAAAUGCAAUUAACUAGUC